CAUAUAGCUUUCACCUUCCCUUACCUCUCUCUCUCUCUCUCUCUCUCUCUCUACCUCAAAAAGAGAGAGACACACAUAUUCUCCCACUCUCCAUCCCACCCCUCGAGGCCACAAAGUUUGCAUUAAACAACGAGGGAAAACCCAACUACAACACAAAGUAGCGAUCUUUCAAGCACACUACAUUCUAUCCGAAGUGUGCAGUAGAAUUAAUGGAGAUGUGUUGGGAAGGAGGAGGAGGAGGGGUGGCGGCGGAGACAAACAAGCCGUUGCCGGCGCCUUUCCUGACGAAGACGUAUCAACUGGUGGACGACCCUGCCACCGACCACAUCGUCUCUUGGGGGGACGACCGCACCUCCACCUUCGUGGUGUGGCGCCCGCCAGAGUUCGCCCGCGACGUCCUCCCCAACUACUUCAAGCACAACAACUUCUCCAGCUUCGUCCGCCAGCUUAACACCUACGGGUUUCGGAAGGUGGUGCCGGAGCGAUGGGAGUUCGCUAAUGAGUUCUUUCGGAAGGGCGAGAAGCACCUGCUGUGCGAGAUCCACCGCCGCAAGACCUGCUCCCCCUCUUCCUCCUCGUUUCCGUUUGCUUCGUCUCCUCCUUCGUUCCCUCUCUACCACCACUUCGACGACUACCGUAUUGCCGUCCCUCACUGGCAGGACGCCACCCCGUCGUCGCGUAUCCUCCUCCUCGGGGGCAAUGAUGUCGAUGCCGCUAAUGCUGUUAGAAUGGUCAGCGGAGUAGGAGGAGGAGGAGGAGGGGGGCAGGCGACGGCGGCGGCGUUGUUGGAUGAGAACGAGAGGUUGCGGCGGAGCAACGCGGCGCUGCUGUCGGAGCUCUCUCACAUGCGGAAGCUCUACAACGACAUCAUCUACUUCGUCCAGAACCACGUCCGCCCCGUCGCCCCCAGCUCCGCCGCCGCUGCUUCCGCCAACUUUCUCCUGCCCUCGUCUUUUCAACGGCGAGGGGGUCGCACCUCCGGAAGUCCCACUUCCAGCAGCUCCCUCACCAUCGCCGACGAGCCAUCGCCUCCUCCGCUAGACAACGGGACCGAUGACAAGAACAGAGGCUGCAACGAAGAGAGCAGCAGCGCGAAGCCCAAGCUCUUUGGGGUGCCACUUGAUGGCUGUACCAGUAGCAGCAACAACAAGCGUGGCUUGGACGUCCACGAGACGACGACGUCGCCGUCCACAAAACCACGUCUGGUGUUAGACAAGGAAGAUUUGGGGCUCAAUCUAAUGCCGUCGUCUCCCCCCCCUUGUUAACAUGCAUACCGAUCUCUUCUCGCAGCUUCUAGUCUAGAUUUGGUCCAUUCAUCGAUCUUAGCGUAUGUCAUGUUGUUUCUGAUCU